UUCAAGCGCCACGUUUCCCGCACUCACCGAGUCUCUUCAACCAUUUUAUUUCCUUCUAAAAUAAAAAAAGAAAAAUGGAGAAGCAAGAAAAUUCAUCAACGAUCCUCCCUCUUCUCAGCAAACCACUCACCGAAUCAGAAGUUUGGAAUGAAUUUCAGGUUUAUGUUGAAGAAGCAAAGAGACAAUUAUGGUUGGCAUGUCCAUUGAUAUUAGUUGGUUUAUUAACAUUUUCAUUACAUAUCAUUUCUCUUAUGAUGGUUGGUCGUCUUGGUGAAUUAGCUCUCUCUGCAGCUUCCAUGGCUACCUCUUUUGCCUAUGUUACUGGUUUUGCAUUACUGCUAGGCAUGGCGAGUGCACUAGAGACCAUUUGUGGGCAGUCUUAUGGUGCAGGGCAAUACCAUAUGGUGGGCAUACACACACAAAGAGCCAUGGUCACGUUGACAUUGAUAAGCAUUCCCAUCGGUUUAAUAUGGUUUAAUACUGAAACAAUUCUAAUGGCGUUAGGACAAAAUCAUGAGAUAGCAGCCGAAGCAGCACCCUACACACGGUUCAUGAUUCCAAGCCUUUUUGCAUAUAGUUAUAUUCAAUGCCUUAUAAGAUUCUUUCAAUCUCAAAAUAUAGUCUUUCCUAUGAUGCUAACGUCCGGAAUUACUACAAUAUUGCACUUGUUAAUUUCUUGGACAUUAGUGUUCAAAUGCCACCUAGGAAGUAAAGGAGCUGCUCUUGCAAAUACUAUGUCGUACUGGAUUAAUUGUUUAUUGUUAGUUGCUUAUAUGAAAUUUUCUUCAUCCUGUUCCAAAACUUGGGUUAGCUUCUCGAGUGCAUCAUUUCAAGGAAUUCUGGGUUUUUUGAGGCUUGCGAUACCAUCAGCAGUCAUGGUCUGCUUGGAGAUGUGGUCUUUUGAGAUGAUUGUUCUCUUAUCUGGUCUUCUACCGAAUCCUGCACUAGAAACUUCAGUGCUUUCUAUCAGCCUCAACACAACCUCACUUGUCUGGGUUAUUCCUGAAGGUUUCAGUGGUGCAGUCAGUACCAGGGUCUCUAAUGAACUGGGUGCUGGAAAUCCACAAGCUGCAAAGUUAGCAGUAUAUAUUGUUUUAUGCAUGACAGUCUAUGAGAGCUUUUUGGUGGGGCUACUCCUUAUAUUGAUACGAAAUGCCUGGGGCUAUGCUUACAGUAACGAGAUGGAAGUGGUUCGAUAUUUAGCUGCCAUGAUGCCCCUUCUUUCACUAACCAAUCUUUUAGAUGGACUUGCUUGUGUCCUAUCUGGUACUGCUAGAGGAUGUGGUUGGCAAAAAAUAGGAGCAUAUAUCAAUCUCGGGUCAUUUUAUCUUGUGGGUUUACCAGCUGCAAUCCUAUUAGCAUUUUUCAUGCACAUUGGAGGAAAAGGUCUCUGGUUAGGAAUAAUAUGUGCACUCAUCCUUCAAGUUCUAGCUCUUUUUGCCAUUACCGUGAAAACAAACUGGGAGCUACAAGUCGAGAAAGCUAUGCAGAGAGUUUCUGAAUCCAAACUUCUCCCAGAGUUGGUUUUGUGAACCGACUAUGAUGUGGAUGAGUACCUUCAUUUGUGAUUAAUAAGUAAGUACUUUCAAUUAAGUAAUUAAUCUGCUUAUCUCUUGAUUACAACAACAGUUUGGAACAUAAUUACUCUUUUUCUUGGAUUAAAAUCCUUGUAAUUUUGUACGGCUACUGACAAAUAUUUUUUUGGAAAUUAUACUGUAUAGUUGUUUUGUUAAGAUAGAAAAAUGGUUAAUUUUAGGUACAAUUUUCAAAACACUUUUAUGGGUAUUAUGCAUGACAAUCUUACGUAUAAAAUUGUUAUCACAAAUCAGAAGAAAAAUGGUGAUAUGCAUGACAUUUUUAGGUAUAAUUUUCAACUACUUGGGUAUUAUACAAUACACCAAACAGCUCGGCUUGUAGAGACCGUCUCACGGUGAGACGACCUCAAAACAAGAAGCUCAUAAGCUAAAAGUUAUUAUUAAGGGCUAUUUAACCCAAGUAUAAAGCAUGUGUCACGGUGAGACCGUCUCAUACAAGCUAUAAGAAAAAAUCUGUUUAGCCUGCUACCAAAUACUGUCAAGUAUGGGGACUUUCUUCUACCACCUACCACUAAUUGGUACUUUAUAAGAAUAAUUAUCAACUAUGAUACAUAAUAUAAUAAUGUUUUAUAGAUAAGACCUUACAACCAUACAAGUAAACAAAGAUUAUCUUUAUCCUUUGUCCUAACA